UGAAAAUUUCAUUCUGAAACAGUAUGAUGUUUUCUUCCAGUGUGCUCUACAAAACGAAACGUCAAAAACGUGAGGUAGCAAUGUUUUGAUCUGUGAAAAUUUUGUGUGAUUCUACUGCGUGAAAAGAGUUUCCGAUCGAUUUUUCACUUCUACGCACAGGCGUCACCUUUCCGGGAUGUCCUUGAUAAGAUUGUGCGGCUCGGUGGGAGCCCAGUGGAUGCUGAAGUCCACGACGGGUUUCGUCCCCACUGGCAAGACGAUCGUCACUAGGAAUCUUUUCUCCGGAACCGGACUGGGAACUUUACGGAUUGCCGGCAGCAAUGCACCGGUGCUCGUUGUACGUCCCAGAGCGGACCAGUACGAUCGUCGGCGGGACGGAAAUUGGUGGAGGGGCUAUAAAAACUUUGGCCACAAGCCAGAAAAAGAACCCAUGGCUACAAAGCUUUUCUGCGCCUUUCUGGGAGCUAUGAUUCUUGGGGCCUGCAUCGAUUGGAAGAAGCUUGGGAAGGCACUUGGUUUGCCGAAAGUCGACGCCGAUGCAGGAAUGAAUGCAGAAAUGAGUGAUUCAAAAACUGAGCAGUUGGAAAGCGGAGAGGAUUCCGAUGGCGAUGACGAGGACGAACAAGGCAAAAAGAAGCCGCGUAAGGAAAAGAUAGGUUUCCGAGAUCGCAAGAUCAUCGAGUACGAAAACCGCAUCCGUCAGUACUCGACACCGGACAAGGUGUUCCGCUACUUUGCCACCAUCCAGGCGCCCCAGGGUGACACCGUUGAGGUGUUCAUGACUCCGAUCGACUUUCUCACAAGCAUGACGCCGGGAAUGAAGCAACCCGAUGGUCUCGGAUUGGAUCAGUACAAGCGAUACGAUGCUAGGAGCGUUUCGACCCGACUUGACUUGCACCUGGAUAGUGACAGCAUUUUCUACAAACUUGGAGCAUACGGGCUGAUAUCGUUUUCCGACUACAUCUUCCUGCUGACGGUGCUAUCGACUUCCCGCCGUCAUUUCGAAAUUGCCUUCCGAAUGUUUGACCUCAACGGCGAUGGAGACGUUGACAGCGAGGAAUUCGAGAAGGUAGCCAACCUGAUUCGCCAACAGACGAGUAUUGGAAAUCGACACCGAGAUCAUGCCAAUACGGGAAAUACUUUCAAGGGUGUAAACUCGGCACUAACGACUUACUUUUUCGGUCCUAAAAACGACGAAAAGUUAACCAUCGAGAAGUUCUUGGACUUUCAACAGCAGCUGCAACGGGAAAUAUUAACCCUAGAGUUUAUGCGUAAGAACCCGGACGAAAACGGUAACAUAAGCGAAGCGGAUUUCGCUGAAUUAAUGCUUGCUUACGCUGGUUAUCCACAGAAAAAGAAAAUUAAGAAGAUCAAGCGUGUAAAGAAAAGGUUCCGUGACCACGGCGCUGGUGUGUCCAAGGAAGAUUAUCUAAAUUUCUUCCACUUUUUGAACAACAUUAACGACGUCGAUACUGCUCUAACGUUCUACCACAUUGCCGGUGCGUCCAUUGAUCAGGCCACCCUCAAACACGUGGCCAAGACGGUAGCAAUGGUAGAGCUGACCGAUCACGUCAUUGACGUUGUGUUUACAAUUUUCGACGAAAACAUGGACGGUCAGCUGAGCAACCGGGAGUUCGUGGCGGUAAUGAAGAAUCGGUUGCUUCGGGGUCUCGAAAAACCAAAAGAUACCGGGUUUGUCAAGUUGAUGCACUCGAUUCUCAAAUGUGCCAAGGAUACCAAACCCGUCCUGCUGGAUUUGUAAGUAUAGCAACCGGUGUAGGAAACGCUUCUUUGUACGUGCUCAAGGGGUCAAACUGCGUCUCUAACCGUGGAAGAAGGAAUCGUAUGAUGCUAGCACGAACUCUGACAUAACUUGUUUGUUCUUGUAAUGCGGAAAUUAAAAAUAGCACAAUCUAUGCUUCGGUAUCUAUGCUAAUGUUAUGAACAAUCUUCCUGCCUUCUCGAUAUCUAAAAAUUUCAUUAAAUAUUGUAUGUGUCCAAAGACAGUUAUGUUUCGUUGCGUUUCUUCUCAAUAGUUUAACUAUCGCUCUCUAAAGCAUUUUCACUUAAUGUUACCAAUUAUCUUUAAAACCUUGUAAAUUUGUAUUAAAUGUUCGUUUUUCAUA